AGAAUAAUGAAACUUGCCAUCACAAUGUUAAGAAAACCCUCUUACUACCUCGAAGCCACAAGCAAGCAGGACAAUUUACGUACGCAGGGCCUGAAGACCCUAAAUUCAAUCCUUCCGAGACCCAUCUAACAGGAGCUUGAUGGCCCAGACACUUUAUGAUAGCUCCCCAACAUGGCCAUUGCAUCAAUAUAACUAUCAUGAGGGUAAUCCAGAGCUUUCAUCCCACAUCCCUGAUGCAAUGAAGUCAGUUUCAGCUAACAGAGAGCAAGUGGACUACACCAUGAGUCACAAGAAAGGUUCUCCAAAGAAGAGGUUAUCACGGUUGGAAUUGCUCCGAAGUGAUUACAGCAAGAAACUUCAAAUUGAGAGAGAAGAGAAGAUUCGUAGACUGCAAAUUAUUCAACAGGAGAAUGGUCACAAUCAGGGUAGCAGUAAUGGCGGAAUGGUACGUGGAUUUUUUGCAGAGAGAAGAGCACUGGAGGCUACAAGAAAAGGGCAGAAAAAUCCUGAACUUCUUCCCCCUAUUGAGUCACAUUUCAGAAUGGUGAGAGAUAAAAAACAGGAGCCAUUUCCUGAACACACAGUUAGAAGUAGACACAAUUCAAAAACAAAUCUGACACAUGGUAAGCCAUUCAGUGUGAAACAGGAACCAUUCCCAUUACAAAAACCAUUGCCAACAAAAUACUCAUCAAGGACUCAAACAAAGACAGUUGGUGUCACUGUGCGUAAGAGAACAAAAGGUGUUGAUAAACAAGAUCCUCUUCCUCCAGUGAACAAGGGUCAGUCUGAAGUAACAAGGAGAAAACCACCAACUCCAAAUAAAAGAUACGAAACACAUUCUGUUUUGAAACAGGAUGAUGUGGAGGCUUUUGAGUAUUCUGGCCCAUCUAAUUUGCCAAUACCUCCUAUUGAGAGACGACCAAAGCGUUCAAAGGUUCCCUUGCCUCCCCCAAGUGCAGAAGACUUAGUAAGUGAUUUUGAUGAUGCACAAAGCACCCUUACUGAUUAUAGCAACAUAGCUCCAAAUCUGAGCAAACUAAAAGCGAAGGCACUGAAACAAAGACAACUAAGCAAGCAACAGUUAAUUGACACAAAUAAAACUCAGGAAAAUGCCAAAUUAACCGACUUUCAAAAAUGGCAAAUGGAACAGGAUCAAGAACGAAUAGAAAGGCUAGAAAAAUACAAGCAGAAAUCAGAGUUGUCUCUCUCCCAGAGAGAAAAUGAACUACUCAAACAAAUACAGGAAGAACAACUUAGGCUUGAAAAAUUAAAGUUGCAGAGGGAAGAACUGGUAGAACAAGAGAUACGACAAAAAGAGGAGGAUGAAAAAUGGUUAGCUGAAAAGCAGAGCUUAGAGGAGCAGGCAAUCAUUCCUCAGCAAACUUUGGCCGAAGAUUCUAAUCAGACCAAAAAGGUAGCCUUAAAAAAGGCUUCAACAUUGCCCAAGGUACCACGAAAGGUGAAAACUCCCCCUCAACAACUCCAGGGAGAAGAACUUGACACAACUGAAAAAAUUCAUGACAAUGCUUACAGAGAUUUUUAUGAGCAUCAAACACAAGAUGUUGGUGAGGUUUCCGUGGAUGUUUCUCCUUGUUCAAUUUGUGGGCGCAAGUUUGCUGUAGACAGGUUGGCCAAGCAUGUAAAAAUUUGUGCAAAAAGUUCAAAGUCCAAACGCAAAGUUUUUGACACAAGAAAGCAUCGCAGUGAGGGUACUGAACAUGAAAAAUAUGUUCAGAGUGGAAAAUAUCUUGAGGAGCCCAAGGCAAAGCCCAAGGUAGACUGGAGAGCUCAACAUGAAAAUUUCAUCAAAGCAAUCCGUUAUGCUAAGGGAGCAAGCGACACACCUCCUCCACCUGCAGAAAACCCAGACUAUGUAAAGUGCCCACACUGUGAGAGAAAGUUUAAUGCUGCUGCUGCAGAGAGACACAUACCAAAAUGCAAGGACAUUAAAGCCAAACCUGCUCCUUUAAAAAGGAAGAAACGAUAAAAUCAACAUUGAUAUUUAUGAGUUCAAGUUUUAAAGAAUGUAGAGUGUGUUUUUCUGGGGUUGACUUAAAACCAUAUUGUGAAAUGCUUUUGAAUGAAGUGCUUCUACGGGACGACCAAGAUUUUUUAAACUCUGUUUGUGAUAUCGGUAUAAUAAUAACAGCGUGUUACAAUACAAAAUUUCGAAAUGAA